UGCGUGUCCGUCCGUCUGCACACCAGCUGAGCUAUGCACACAGUACACACACGUACAUACGGUAUACACAACACAUCCAGCCAUCCACCGGUCAGUCAUCUUCAUCUGCAUCAUCGUAGUCGUCACCACCGUGUUCCUGCUGCGGGUGUAUGUCCUCGUCUAUGCCCUCGUCCGCCUCGGGCAGGUCCGCCAGCGGCUGACCCACACCCCGAUACACAUCCUCUAGCAGCGAACUGCACACACAUACACACACACACACACACAUAAAUGUGUGUUGCGGUCGGUCGUCUCUCUGCUGCUGUGUCCGGGGCUGUGUGGCUGACCGGUCCACAUAGGGCCCGAGGGCGAUUUUGGCGCCACGCAUUUUCUCGAUGAGCUCAAAGGCAUCAUCAAACUUGCGGACGGACGCAUAAUACCUGACACGGCAAGAGAGAGAGAGACAGACAGACAGACCGACACACGAGUGGUGGGCUCUGUCGGGACCCUGGGGCGUGGGUGUGUGUGUCUCACUCGAUGAGUUGUGCGUAUACGUCUCCCGCGCGUAUGGCUGUCUCGAGGUCAGUCUGACCCAGCAACGCCCGGCACACCUGACAGACAGACACAUAUGUGUAAGCAGCCACAUGGAUGGAUGGAUGGCUGGCUGGAUGGCUGGCUGGAUGGCUGAGUCUGUCUCACUUUGAUCAUUUCCUGUGGGUCUGAUUUCAUCAUCCUGCGGGCUGACGCAAACCUGAUCCAUACCAUCCAUCCAGCCACCCACCGUAUGUGUGUGGCUCCGUUGAUUGCGUUGAUUGCACCCACCCACUCCACUGACUUGUCGACCAGCUGUAUCCUCCGCUGCAGCGCCACCACGCGUGUAUCGUGUUCAAUGCCGGGCGGCAUGUGUGUGUCCUUGUCGAUGCCCAGGGACCUCAGGAAGGCCUUGAGUGCCUCCUUGAGCAGCCCCGCGGCCUUGUCGUAGUCUCGAUACUCGUCCACCUCCACCUGACUGCAGCUGUCGUAGAACUGGCUGAGCUUGUCGAAGGCCUUGGCCUUGGUGUAGAAGCUGAUGAUGUUCCUGGUCACCUCGGGGUCCGAUUGCCACUCCAGGCCUUGCAGGUAGUUGGCCGCCAAGAUGUACACCUCGGCUUGACGAGCUGUGCCUACACACACGCACAGACAAAGGGCGGCCAUGCGGAUGGCCAUGCGGCCAUGCAUGUGUGUGAGGGGGGGGUGUAUUAGGGUAUGUGCCUGCGAAGAAGACGAUUUUCUGGGUGUCGCCUGCCUUGAGCAGGCUCUUCAUGGCCUUGACUUUGUCGCCAGCUUGGGUGAACUUCUUGCAUGCGAGCUGGAAGAGCCCCUGACGCUUGCACACCUUGCCCAGACGACCCAGCAAAUCAGACCGGACGUCGGCUGACAUCCGGAUACACACACGCACACACACACACACACACAUACACACACAGCUACCAGCCAUGCACUCACUCAUCCCCAAUGGUGGUGGCUGUUGUGUGUCCAUCUGUAUGCAUACCGGAGAGUUGGUUCUUGUCAGGUGUCAUUUUCUCGACCAGGUCCUCGCUGAGCGGCACAUCGUGGGCCUCACACAACUCUAUCGCCUGAAUGCACAUCAUGGGUUCGCUUCGGUUCGGUUCGGUGUGUGUCUUGUUCUUGUCUGGCGCCUCGAUUGCCUCUCUCACCCGUUCGUAUUGCUUGGUGGCGCUGAGGAGCCCGACCGCCUUGUCAGGCUGCUCGUUGGCUAUCAGGAACUCGGCACACCUACACAUACAUGCGCACACCAUCCAUCCACUGCUGGUGCGUUUGCGGCCCGGAUGAGGUAGGUACCUGGUGAGCAGCUGCGGGUCGGCCUCCUUGCUGAGCUCGUCUGCGAUGCGUCUGAGCCCGUCGACCAGGUGGUGCUCGAGGCAUAUGUCGACGGCCUUGCGCACCUGGCCCGCCUUGCUGUACAACACCACAGCCUUGGACGCCUGGCCACGCUGAACACACCAAUCCAAUCAGCCCACCAACCGACCCUUCCACCCACACACACAGACGUGCAUCGGUGUGUUCCUUUCUAUUCAGUGGCCGACGGCUGACGCUUGACGGACGGACCAGUAGGUAGUAUCGUGCUGCGGCUGACAUUUCCGUGGUGGUGGACGAGAGGGCCAUGCCCAUCAGAUCGCUCUCAAGGCCGGCGUCCUGCGCAACCCUGUGCACACAAACAACCGUCACACGCACACAACACACGACAUACGCACACACAGGGGGGCGGGCAUGUGUGUGUGUGUGUGUGUGUGCGGGGAUUACCUGAUUGCCUGUCUGACGCGCCCGGUCUUGCUGUACCAGUGGAUGGCAUCCUUCGGCCGACCCUCCAACUCCAAAUGCCUGGUUGGCGGCGCCGACACACACAUACACACACACACAUACACACACACAUUGAUUCCAUUCGUGCGACUUCGGUUCCUUCCCCCAUGCGGCGCACUUGGCAAGAUGGUAACAUGCGGCUGCGUCAUUGGUGUCGUUGCAGAUCUGCACUGCCGACUUGACGUUCUGACACACACAAAGGCGCACAUCAGAUGGUCUGUGCACCAACCAUAUGGUCGAGGGGGGCAUGUGCCCACCGACCUGGUUGAGGCAGUGCAGGCGGACGAGAGCCACCCAGUCGUCAGCCUUGCGAUAGUACCGCAUCGAUCCAUCCAGGUCGCCACACGACUCGUAGUAGGACGCCAGCCACCUCCACACAACACACACACCAGUUCAGUUGAAUGUCCUGCCUGACUGAACGGCACGGCGUAUGUAUGUGUGGUGGCUGACUGAGUGACUGACUGACUGACUGACACACUUGUAGAGGCGUUUGUCUUCGGCCUGGUCGACGUAGGCGGUGAGUUCUUCCACCUUUCCAGCGGCCUGCAGCAUGCGCGGCACCUCCCACGCGUGGACCUGAGCCGCCUCGUAGUCACUGUGAGUGACACAGAGGGAGGGAGGGGUCCCUAUGCACGUGUGUUGUGUUGUGUUGUCUAUUGGAGUGAGUGUGGAUGUGUGUGUGUGUGUGGAUGGUAUGGCUACGAGAUAGCGUCUUGGGUUUGUCCGGUGCUCUCGUGGUACUGUGCUGCGGCGUAGUGAGUGCUGCGGAGGUGAAUGCGGUCCUUGUCAGACGCGACCUACACACACACACACACACACAUGGAUGGAUGGAUGGAUAAAUGGAUGGAUGGUGGCCACCACACCAUAGAGAGCCCCAACUCACUCACUCAGUCACCUGCAGUGCCUUGUCGAAUUGUGCGCAUGUUUGGUGCAGCUGGUUGAGCAGGUCAUACCGCCCGCACUGCUCAUACAGACGACUCGCCUCAUCAACCAAACCUGCAUGCCAUGCAGCACAUGUCGUGUCACAUUAUACACACACCAUUGCCAUUCACCGAGAUGCAGCGCCACGACAGCCAGCCUCGCGUCGACUUCAGGCUCCUCACAUUCCCUACACACACGCGCAGAAAAACUGCUAGCUGUCCUCAGCUCUCUCUGCCACCCCCAGGACCGACCCACCUGAGUGCCGCAGCAGCGGUGGCAUGUCCCAGCUCAGCGAGGCACUUGGCGGCCACGUCGAGCCUCUGUGUCUUGACGCACAUCUUGGCCAUCGACAGCCACACGGUGCGGCUCUCCACCCCCUGCACUGACCGGUACGCCUCGUCAGUGUUGCCCGCAGCCAAAUGGUAAGAGAAAUCCAUAAGCGCCUCUUAAGAAAUCACCACACACACACAAACAUAGGUGGAUGGAUGGACGGAUGGACGGAUGGGUGUGUGGCUGGCUCACUGGCAGUUUUGGCGUCUACGUGUUCCAGGCCAGCGAGGUCCCUGAGUGUGCGGCGGAGUAUGCGUGUGGUGUCGGUGUCCGAACCGCCCGCUCCUGUCAUGGGCAGCAAGUACACGAACGGGGCCGCCAGAGCGACCGGCAUCAGACACACAUCGCCGCUCUCGUCCUCUUGACAUGCCACACAAUCCUAUACCGUCACACACACACACACACACGUGUGCGCCUUUCUCUGUGUGUUUGUGUGUGUGGUUGGCCCGGCCCACCUGUCUGACAAUGCGUCCGUCAGGUGUGACGAAGAGUGUGAGCAGAUGGGGGCCGGUCAGGGGCGGGGGCGAGUCCGCAUUGGCGUCAUCGGCGGACAGCGUGACGGUCUCACCGACCUGGCAAUCAACACAACACACCCAGACAGACAGAUCACACAGACAGUGGAACCGUUACACACAGCACACUGGUGUUGGGUGUGGUGUACUGUGCUGGUUACCUGGCUGUCAGCGAGACCGUCGCUAUCGUCAUCCAGCGAUCGCUGAGGGGCCAUCUCGCACGCCUGAUCGACCCAUCGACCCACCCAUACAGCCAUCUAUCCAUCCACACAUAGUAUAGUCCUCUUCCCUCUCUUUCUCACCAUGAACCUGGGGUCUGUGGCGUCCCACAUGUGCGACACGGGCGCCCACUGAUGGCCCACACUAUACCUGUAAACAACACGCACACAGAGAGAGAGAGAGAGAGAGAAACAGAAAAAGGUGAGUGUAUGCCCCAUGUCCCGUACACACACACACACACACACACAUCCAGCUAUACAGCUACACUUGACUGACCUGAGAAAUCUUGACUGACCUGAGGAAUCUGUCGGAUUCAGCGUCAUAGAUGAACAGCCGCGGGUCGGCAAUCCUGACGUCCCCCUCAGCCGUCACCCCCUGGUCAACCAGCAGGCUCAGCCGCGUGCCGCUGCAGUUGACUCGCACCGACCGCACGUGGCCCAAGGGCACGCUGCUCCCGCCCGCUGACUCCUCAAAUCUACACAUACCAUCACACACACACACACACAAAUGCACCCGUGUGUGUGUGCUCGGAAGGAUUGGAGACAUACCGUCUUGGGACUCCCAUGGGUUUUGGUUCGGCCCGCGCCAGGUUCCAUAUCCUGAGGACAUUCUUGUCGGUGCAGGCGGCGAGGUACCCACCGUGAGUAUCGAGCAGACGGGGGGCGCCCUCCAUCUCACCGCUGAACGUGAGAGACUUCCGCACCGCCCCCUGCAUGACAAAGGGAGGGAGGGAGGGACACAUAAGGGAUGGCUGGCUGUCGGCCGGGGGCUUCAUCACAUGCUCGCUUAUUAAGUACCUUGACAGAGAGGAUGUCGAUCUUCAGCCCUGAUGCGACGUAGAUCUGCCGGUCGUCCUUGGAUACCUGUGUGUGUGAACAUAGAAACGUACCAACAGGGCUGCCUGUGUGUGUGUGUGUGUGUGUGUGCACAUGGACACACACGUACGUGCAUUGCGACGGUCCGCACUUUGGGGUACUUGAACGACCCCGCACUCUCAAACUCCAAAGACCGCUCGUCGACCUCAUACACGUGAAUCUGACCCACACCCACACACAGCUCUAUAGCCAUCCACACACACACAUAGAUACAAAAAAGGAGCAGACCUGCGAGUUGUUCCAGACGAGGACGAGUGGCGGCCCGACGACCACCCCCUUGAUGCGGAACGGGGGCGACACGCACAUCGGUGUGUGUGCGGGGGGGCCGUCGGACGGCGAUGCAGCAAAAGUCGGAUGGAGCGGCGUCACCAUGCGAUCGAGCAACACCUUCAUCGGACCCACCUGCACACACACACACACACACACGCACACGCACACACCAAUCACACCAAACACACCAAACACGGGUCCACACGAUGCUGUGUGCCGAUCUUCCCUCCCUUAAUCCAUCUGUCUGUACUUGGACAGCGAGUAGGGGUGGUUUGGCUGAGGCCGUGAGUGGGGUCUCUGCCAGCACUGUGCAGGCGUCCUUGUUGUAUGCGAGCAGCAGGUGCUCGCCGGGCCCCCACUGGAUGCCGGCCAGCUGCGGCAGGUGCAGGUGCAUCGUCGGCAAAGCCGCCCACUGCUCGUCAGACGUGGACAGACGGUGGUGCAGACUAGACAGGCCGCAACGCCACUGAUCCAUUGACAAACACACAAACAGCACUGCAUCAAGGAGAGAGAGAGAGAUAAGGUGUGUGUGUGUGUGUGCCUGUACGACUCGGCCGUCUUUGGUGCCGACGGCCACGACGCGCUUGCGGGGGUUGUAGGCGAUGCAGCACGCUUUGUCGCCUGACGAAUAAUGGACGCAGCACAGACAGACACGAACCGAACCAUGUGUGUGUGUCCGUUAUGCAUUCAGACAUAUAGACAUACAUACCCGGCAGCCGUGUGCCGGUCUCUCCGUGCAGCGGCAGGAGGAAGUUCUCGUCAUCGACGAGGUUCCAGAAGCGCACCAGGCUCUCUUGCGACACCGUGGCCAGCACACCAGUGCCCCCACCGCACCCACCACUACCACUCGCCCACACCCCUACACACACACACACACAACACACAUGGGAAUGGGAUGGACGGGGGAGAUGAGAGGACGGUUCGUUCAUGGCCGACCAGUGAUGGUCUCGGGGUUGGGUCCACAGGAGAGUUUGGUUUUGGUCUCGUUGACGACGGCGCCCUCGUGGUUGAGGUUGAACUGGAUCAGCAGCACGCUGCGCGUCACUAUCACCACACGGUCGUCGUCAUGCAAAUAUUCCAACACCGCCAAAGGAUGACCCACCUUGUACCUAUCACACGGUCGCACACACGCGCCGCGCCUCCCUGUUGGCCCUCUCUCCCUCCCCCAAGCACCAUCUCACCCACCUUUCGGCACACGCAUUGGUGUCAUCGGCGUGGUAGAGGACGCCCCCCUCGCCCCCGAAGAAGAAUGGCGGUGUGGGGUGGAUGUCCCCCGUGUGUGUGUGUGUGCGGAAGACCACGUGUGUCUGGGCGCCGCUCCGGCGAUAGUGGCACACGGGGGACGAGUGGCAGCGGCCGUCGAUCUUCCACACGUACACCAAACCUGUGUAGUAGUGUAGAACAACCCAAUGACACAGCGAAAGAUCUCUCUCUCUCUCUCUCUCCCCUCAGCUGCCUUACCGGUGGUGUCAGUGGUGACGAGCCGCGUGCCGGCGGGGUUGAAUGCGAUGCAGCAGAUCUCGUCCUUGUGGGCCUCCCUCUCCUCCCGCCAGCCCCCCUCGCCCCCCAUGUCCGUCCAGAAGACCAGACACCCGUCCCGCCAUCCCCCCACCAGCAGGUGCCCACCCACCUGGCCUAUCGACGGCCGGUGCUUCCUGCUCGACGGCUGCCACGCAAGAGCUGUGCAGUCGGCAGACGGGCGCGUCAGGGCCACGGGGGCGUUGGAUGAGCCUCCUCCGCUGAUGAGUGGGUCGCCCUCCUCUCUGUAGAUGGCGAGGGAGUGGUCGGUGCAGGCCACGGCCAGCAGGGGCGGGAGGUCAGGGGCGCGGGACCAGCACGCCGUCACAAUGGGUGCGCUCGUGGGCACUCGGAAAUCAAAAUACGUCGACAUUGCGAAGUGUGCCGCAGUUCAAAGCUACUCAGUCAGCGCUGCUAUACUACAUGCAGCCGCCGGGCAAGACACCCACACCGCGGCCUGGCCUGAUCUCGCCAAGCCUGAAAGACAAGCUUGAUGCGCACUCACUCGAUCCAUUUUUCUGUGUGUUCAUCGUGCAAUCGUGUGAGUCAUACCGUGAGAAGGAAGGCUCCGUGGCCAGAUC